AGGAUUCUCUAACUUUAAACUAUCAACAACCAUUUUAUCAAUCACAUGAUUAGAAUUGUGACAUGUGUCCUUAAACUAAAUUGGAAAAUGGACAAAUACAAAUACACACAACAUGUGCCUCCUCCAUGUGCCUCCCCCAUGUGCCUCCUCCAUGUGCCUCCUCCAUGUGCCUAUAUUACCGGAUUUUUUUCUCUCUUCUUUUAACUACUUGAACAGAAAGAAAUCAUUUUCGUGGCAUCCACCAUCAUCUCUACUUCCUUAAGAUUUUUGUUCUCUUCCUGGUUCUUUUAAUUUUCUUUCUCAGCAUACAUACUUUCAACAUAGUUACUCAAAAUCAAAUCCCUCAUGUUUUUUACAGAAGAAGGAAGAAGGAAACGUGAGAAGAUAGUUCUAACCAUGGAGAGAAGAUAUGUUUUUGUUAUAUUAUUUUAUAUAAUAAUGUCUAUCUUUAGAGUGGGUGGAUUUGGUGUUAAUUGGGGAACUCAAUCUACACACCCUUUACCACCCACUACCAUUGUGAAAAUGUUAAAACACAAUGGUAUUACAAAAGUCAAACUUUUUGAUGCUGAUCCUAUUAUUCUUGAUGCGCUCAAGAAGUCUGCAAUUGAAGUAAUGGUUGGUAUACCUAAUUCCAUGCUGAAAACUUUUGCUACUAGUCCUGAAGUAGCUGAAGAUUUUGUUUCCAAGAAUAUUUCAAGUCAAUUAUCUGCUGGAGUAGAUAUCAGGUACAUUGCAGUGGGAAAUCAACCUUUCCUAUACCUUUACAAAGGUGCCUACGAAUCUACCACACUUCCAGCUCUCCAAAAUAUCCAAAUGGCUCUGGUAAAGGCUCGUUUAGAAGAGAGGGUCAGAGUUACUGUGCCUUUAAAUGCGGAUGUUUUUAAGAGUUCAUCGGAUAAUCCUUCUGAUGGGGAGUUUAAUACAAAAAUCCAUGAACUCAUGAUUGAUCUAGUUCAAUUUUUAUAUCAAAACAACGGUCCAUUUACAGUGAACAUCUACCCUUUCAAGAGCGUUUAUCGAAACCCCACUUUUCCGAUGGACUAUGCAUUUUUCGACGGUUUUAAUGAUCCUUCAAUUGACAAUGGGCUGAUCUAUGACAAUCUCUUAGAUGCCAACAUUGAUACCCUAGUGUGGGCCCUAAGCAAGUAUGGAUUUGGAAACAUGUCCAUAGUUGUUGGAGAAAUUGGUUGGCCUACGGACGGAGACAAAAGCGCAACUAGUCAACUAGCCCAACGAUUUCAUCAAGGACUCAUGACCCGUCUUAUUACGGGAAAGGGCACACCUAUGAGACCUGGGCCUAUGGAUGUGUACUUGUUUAGUCUAAUAGACGAAGAUAACAAAACUAUUCAACCAACUAGCUUUGAAGUGGGUAAUUUUGACCGUCAUUGGGGAUUGUUUCGCUACGACGGGCAACCGAAAUACCAACUUAACACUGGAUCAGGAGCAAAUGGGUUAGUAGGCGCAACUGAGGUAAAAUACCAAGACAAAAAAUGGUGUAUUUUGAAACCCUCGGCAAACCCCAACAGUGAUAAAGUUGCCCGGAGUGUGUCCAAAGCUUGUCAAACUGGAGACUGCAGUAGUCUCGGAUAUGGAACUUCAUGUGGCGGUUUAGAUGUUCGUGGAAACAUCUCCUACGCAUUUAAUAGUUUCUAUCAGGUGAAUGACCAGAUCUUCGGAAAUUGUGACUUUUCUGGCCUAUCUGAAACCACAGAUAGAGAUCCUUCAACGGAAAAUUGCAAAUUCCAAAUCAUGAUCGAUUCAGAAUCAAAUGGGAAAAUUAGGCCUUUUAGAAUAAUAAUGUUUGUACUUCUGUUUUUUACUCUUGUUUAGAAUAAUAAUGUUUGUAUUUCUGUUUUUUACUCUUGUUUAGAAUAAUAAUGUUUGUACUUCUGUUUU